AUGUCUAGUCUUGAAAAGGCCCUAUUCAAUCUCAAGUUUACGGCCAAGCAAUUAAAUCGACAGGCAGCCAAAGCUUCGAAAGACGAGAAAGCAGAGAAGGAUAAGCUCAAGAAAGCUAUUCAAGCUGGACAUACAGAUAUCUCUAAGAUUUAUGCACAGAAUGCGAUUCGAAAGCAAAAUGAACGGUUGAAUCUCUUACGACUAGGUAGCCGAAUUGAUGCAGUUGCUAGCCGUGUACAGACGGCAGUGACGAUGAGGCAGGUCACAGGCAGCAUGAUGAAUGUUGUCAAGGGAAUGGAUCAAGCUAUGAAAGCCAUGGAUUUAGAAAAAAUUUCAGCUGUUAUGGACCGUUUCGAGACCCAGUUUGAAGAUCUAGAUGUAGCAACCGGGUAUUACGAAAAUGCUACUGCCACGGCUACAGCUGUCGGAAUGCCACAAGACGAUGUUGAUAGACUCAUAAACCAAGUUGCUGAUGAAGCCGGCGUAGAGCUACAUCAAGAAAUGGAGGGUGCCCAAGCUUUAAAAUCUGCACCAGUGCGGACUGGUCCAUCUGAGGUAGAAGAGGAUGGAUUAGGUGAGAGACUACGAGCUUUAAGGAGUUGA